CGCCCUCCGCGGCCUCGCUCCGGUGCUCCAGCUCGGUGCUGCCGCCAUCUUCUUGGAGGAGAGGAGCGGAGGCCAAGGGUCCCCUCGCCGUGCUCCGUCCCAACUCUUACCGUCGCCUGCCCUCCCCGCGUCCGCCUCUCUCCUCACAGGUCAUUUAGCUCCAUCUGUAUAAACGCUCUUUUUCCCACCCCAGUUACUCACAAGGCAGAGUCACAUUACCUGUUCUACUCUUGGCAGCGUAAGGAAACCCAGCUCAUAAGAUUGACGGAACUUCAUCAGAGAUGUCUAAGCAACAACCAACUCAAUUUAUAAAUCCAGAAACUCCUGGCUAUGUUGGAUUUGCAAAUCUUCCCAAUCAAGUUCAUCGAAAAUCGGUGAAAAAAGGUUUUGAAUUCACACUGAUGGUGGUCGGUGAAUCGGGCCUGGGGAAGUCGACGCUCAUCAACAGCCUGUUCCUGACCGACCUCUACCCGGAGAGAGUCAUACCUGGAGCCGCAGAGAAAAUUGAAAGAACUGUCCAGAUUGAGGCUUCAACUGUUGAGAUCGAAGAGCGAGGGGUCAAGUUGCGCCUGACAGUGGUGGACACGCCCGGCUACGGGGACGCCAUCAACUGCAGGGAUUGCUUCAAGACCAUCAUCUGCUACAUCGAUGAGCAGUUCGAGCGGUACCUGCACGACGAGAGCGGGCUGAACCGGCGGCACAUCGUCGAUAACAGGGUGCACUGCUGCUUCUACUUCAUCUCCCCCUUCGGACACGGGCUGAAGCCCUUGGAUGUGGCCUUCAUGAAGGCCAUACACAACAAGGUGAACAUUGUGCCCGUCAUCGCAAAAGCCGACACGCUCACCCUGAAGGAGCGGGAGCGCCUGAAGAGGAGGAUUCUAGAUGAAAUUGAGGAACACAGCAUUAAAAUCUAUCACUUACCUGAUGCAGAGUCAGAUGAAGAUGAAGAUUUUAAAGAGCAGACCAGGCUUCUCAAGGCCAGCAUCCCCUUCUCCGUGGUUGGAUCCAAUCAGCUGAUCGAAGCCAAGGGCAAGAAGGUCCGAGGCCGGCUGUACCCCUGGGGCGUCGUGGAGGUGGAGAACCCGGAGCACAACGACUUCCUGAAGCUGAGGACAAUGCUCAUCACCCACAUGCAGGACCUGCAGGAGGUGACCCAGGACCUUCACUACGAAAACUUCCGGUCCGAGAGGCUCAAAAGAGGCGGCAGGAAAGUGGAAAAUGAGGACAUGAAUAAAGACCAGAUCUUGCUGGAAAAGGAAGCUGAGCUCCGCCGCAUGCAGGAGAUGAUCGCAAGGAUGCAGGCGCAGAUGCAGCUGCAGAUGCAGGGCGGGGACAGCGAUGGCGGCGUUCACGGGCACCACGUGUAAGAAACCAUCUCGCAAGACCCACAUUCCGAUGAGCGGCACAGCUGCGCGUUCUCACGGCGGCUGGAAGGGUGCCAUCCACGGUCUAUAGUACCUGUGCCUGAGAAAUUAAUUUUUCAGAAACUUUCGAGGUGUUAUUUUGUAUGAAGUAUCUUAACAUUUAUGUUUCAUUAUGUUACACUUUCUACUUUCUUUCCUCCACCGCAACUAACCACUGACCUUAGCAUCGGGCCUUCAGCAUGUAGAGUAAAUCACUGAACUCGACUCGGCUGGCCUCACCACCCAGCCCCGAUUUGUUUCUAGAAGCAGACAGAUUUCCCGGACUGUUCUGAGUGGUGCGGAGGGAUGGGCUGACCUGGCGCAAGGCCGUCCACUCACCAGGUCGCCACGCGAGCUUGACUUCCUGGCUUCUGUUGGAGCCCAACACCUACAACCAGUUUUGCUGCUUAAACUCAGAACUGAUGAUUCACCUGCGUGUUGGUCUGUUUACCAAAGGAAACAGUUUUCUAAGGAGAUACAUGUUUAUACUUAAAUAGCUUUUUCUAACGUGGGCUUUUGGGGUAAAUUUUUUAACAAGCCUCUGGGUUCCGAUGCUAGGUCAUUUUUUUAAACCGCUAUGCAUAGAACUCUCCACCAGCCACGUUCUGUAGAGUAGGUCACCAAUACUAGUUUAUUCUGCUCCAGGAAAAAGCCCUGCGUCCACGAGCAGCAGUUUUCACGGUGCAGCUAAGAUUCCGACCUACACGGUGAGAGGCAGGAAGCGGUUUCCACUCAACUAAAUUUAAAACAUGACUUAAGGAAAAUUAACAAGUGAUUGUGCAGAAACCACCUUGGUAAUAUUUUCACACUGCAAUCUUGAAUGUGCUUUGUGUAACGGCGGCGGUUCUAGAGGCCACGCCUGGGCUGUGGGAAUCAGGGUCCUUUGGCGGCAGCCCUGGGGCCUCCGCCCCACCCCACAGAUCCUGAGACACACCCGGGUUUUCCUGACGGUAACGUUCUAAACAGCGUCCAGGUGGAUAGCAGUGAUCCUUGCUCUGUGCGGACCGUCUGUCCGCGUGGUGUGUGAGAAUGAAGGGUCUUUCAGAUGCGCGCCGGGGCUGGCUGGCCAGUGCCCCCAGUCGAGGCUGCCCCCGGAUGGGUUUGUGUGCUCUGCGGCCCCGUCCUGGCCCUGUCCUCCUGCCCAGGGGCCAAGGUGCUGACAUUUCUGCUGCCUCGGGGAGGUGGGGCCCAGAAAGUGACAGAUGGAAGCUCUGGGAGGAGCUGGUGCUGGUUCCGUUUCACCAGAACAGGAGAGAAUGUGUAUCACUCCAAGGAUGAGGAGGGUGGCUUUUGCCAGAGAGGAAGAAAAGCGGGGUGGUCGGAGCACCUUAGAGUCACAAGGGUGUCCUGCAGAGGCUGCUCUCCUCCCGACCUCCUCUUCCUGUCGCCUGCCUGCGGGUGGUCGGGAGCCACAGCUGCAGGCGCACUGGGCAGAUUUUACCAGGGAAACGUCUUCCCUGGCCUGAGGGCCCCUCCAUGCAAGGCCAGUUGUUUGGGUGGUUUGGGCAUUGAUGCCCUACGCUAGUAAAUGCUGUUCAGCAGAGGGGCUGGGGCAGCAUUUGAAAGUGGUCAGCGUGAGCCCUGUCCUGUCGGACGACUCCUUCCUGCGCACAGCUGCCGCCUAAUGGAGAUGCAGGGGUGGGCCUGCCCUGUUAGACUCUCAGAUUCCCGUUUGUCUGCUGCCCAAAUCUAAAUAAAUACUCUUGCUAAUAGAUAAUUGCUCUUUUACUAAGAGAUAAUCUUUACCUAUGAAAGUGUAUUUUGAAAACUUAUUUUACACAGCAAUUUUGUAUCCAUUGAAACUAACCUUUUAUCAAUAAAGCACUAUUGUUUAGAUACUGAGAA